CAAAUUAGAACGUUGGAGGCCCGGACGUUCUGGUCGCUUUUGCGGAGUGGGCACGUUGCGGCCGCUGCAGCUGUCGGGCGACGUAGGCGCCAUGCCUCUCAAAGUCAAGGUGGUGUAUUGUGGGGCCUGAGGAUACAGUCCCAAGUAUCAGCGGCUCAAGAAGGAACUCGAAAAUGAGUUUCGGGGCAAGCUGGACAUCAGUGGUGAAGGGACUCCUCAGGUCACAGGAUGGUUUGAAGUGACAGUGGCAGGGAAGCUGGUGCACUCCAAAAAGAACGGGGAUGGGUUUGUGGAUGACGAUGCCAAGCUACGCAAGAUAACCAUGGCCAUCAAAGCGGCCUUGGCGUAAGGAUGGCUUUAAGACCGCACCAGCAACAUAGUGGGUAGCAGAGCUCAAAGAAAAAUCUGUUUUGUUCACCUUGGCCAAGCGCUUGAUGACGGGAGCUGCUGAAAUGUCAACGGACGGGUGGCAGUUCCCCGAAAACCCUUUGCGUGGGAUGUCAGUUUGAACAAAGCCUGAUGGGAGAAUUUGAGCUCUGGAAUUUGACAUCUGUGUGCAGAAUUGAGCUCGAUACUAAAGAUGCAACUCCUAACACUUCGGUGUUGGGCAUUCAGUGUGUGCCACAUAUGAUCUUGGCUGUCUUUAUAGUUCUGGUUUUAAUAUUUGAUAUUAAUGGCAGUAAUUUUGAUUUGGGGUUGUUGUGGAGGAUGGGAAUCGUGGAGCCCCACCCCCGCACACAUUUGUUUCUUGAGUCGUAAGUUAUGGAAUGCUCUUGAAUGCCUUCAGCUUUAAUUACAAAAAAAACCCCACAAAUGUUUCCGCUAUGUGACGGAGACCUAUUCAAAAAGAUCUUGCCUUCUGAUUAAUUUUAGAAUACUAAAACAUGAAACUUGAGAAUGCCUUUUCUUUUCCCACCCUUCUUAGUUGUCAUGUUGCAGGAGUCUCUGGUUCCUCUGUUCCCACUUCAGACUACUUUGAGCGUCUAAUAAAACACUUCUUUCAAGA